AUGGGAGUCAAUGAACCAAUAAAGCUGAGUUUUGAAUUCAAUUUGCCAAAUAGAUACAUGCGUUUUGUUGGUUCAGCAAAUGGCUUAGUAUGUUUUUUCGAUUUUAAAAUUGAUAAAUUAUACAUAAGCAACCCCCUCCUAGGAGAAUUUUUUGCCCUCCCAGAGUUCUUGUCGAGAUCUCAAUCGAAAGCUGCGUAUGGUUUCAGUUGUAGCACUGUGCAGCUUGCUUACAAGAUUCUAAGGAUAAAAAAAGAUUGUCCAGCUAGGGAUACUACAUCUAAGAACUCUACAGCGGAGCUGUACACCUUUAAAACAGGUAAAUGGAUGAAUAUAGGUCAUGCUUUGUAUCCACAAGCUAGUAACGGUCGCUUUGGUGCUAGGGUGAACGGCAUUCUACACUGGAUAAUUGAAGAUCCUGAAAGCAGUGAUGUUAUAUGCUGCUUCGAUAUUGAAAAGGAAGUAUUCGGUUCAGUUCAACUACCGAGCGCCCUUAAAAAUUUUUGGGGACGCAUAGAUUUGAAGGUUGAAAGCCUUAGAAACACACUUUUUGUAUUCCAUGGAUCUAGCAUGUAUCUGCACAUCUUCUCAAUGAAAGAAUAUGGAGUGAACAGGUCAUGGUCUCAAGAUCACAAAAUCCAGAAAUCCAUCCUUCCCCCUCCGUUGCGGACUUCUGAGCUUCAGCCAAUUACAAUGUGGAGGGAUAAAUUUUUGUUUUCAGCACCACAAGGUCCUUUGCUAUCUUACAAUUCGACAACUAAUGUUUUUGCUGAGGUCAACACAAUUGGUAUGCAUUCAGGUUUCCAAGGAUUUGAAUACCUUUCGACAUUUCUCUCAAUCAAGAAAUCUGUAGAAGUUGAAACCAUUGCUCUGUGGAAGAAGGUGAUUCAAGUUUUAUGUGUAUAA